UCCGUCGGAAAGGGGAGAAGAGAGUUAUUCUCGUGGCGUGGGUUGAAAAAUUUAUUUAUAGAAUAAGCAAGCGGAGGCGUGGAAGGAUGACGAAACGCGCUUUAUAGUUUUGGAAUACCUGGUGUCGAGUAUGAGAUGCUCUUUGGUUAAACUGAAGAGAAGUAGCUAUAAACUCGGAAUCAACGAAAAAUGGGAAGAAAUUCCCCACGCGUCUUCCUUCGCCAAUCCUAGAAAAGUAGGAUAUUUGAAAAGGUUAACAGGAAAAGGAUGGAUAUAUUCCGGUUGCUGGAAGGAACGAUAUUGUGUUUUGGAUUCUACCAAGUUGUAUUUUUACGAAAGUAGGGAUAGUCAAGGGAGAGAGAAAACUGCAGGGGUCAUCAGUUUGGAUUAUUAUGAUCUGUGCGAAGAAGGAAAUGCAAAGGAUAAUAGGCGUGCCUCUAAUGUCUUUGCGGUGGGAACUUCUGUCCGUGGUUUCUUUGACAAUAGACAUCUGUUCAGUGCAGACACACAAGAGGAGAGGGAGGAGUGGAUCGCGGAGAUCAGGGAUGCCAUUGAAGAUGCCAGGGGAGGAAGGAGUAGGGCUGGCAGAACUAGAGCGAGUCAAGGGAAGGGUUUGGAGCAUGGCGAUGGUCUGUCACACAAUAGUCAAGAGAACUUAGAAAUUGAUGUACCUUCAUCUGAUCUAUUAUUUAAUAUCACAAAAGAGAGGACAAAGGGACCUACAGGUCGACGCCUACCACAGCGUAAAUCAAUGAUGACCACGACUAAGAAAACUGAAAUUGUACCUCAACGAUCCAAUAGUCUCUCUGCUCUGAAUGAAAUAGCAGAAGAUCAAGAAAUUCACUCGGAGGACGAUGGGGGAAAUGUAACGGAAAAUGAAGAAAGCGUUCUUCUUGCUGCUUCUGAAAUCAAAUUAUGUAAAUCUGCCAGCUCAGAACAUAAUGCUUUCUUGCAAGAAUUAGAGAUGAGAGUUGGUGCAGGUAAACGUCAUUCAUCCAGAACUGCUGUCCCUCCCAAAACAAUCGAAUCUGAAAGUGAACUGGAAACAGUCAAAAAUGACAUGGAAGUGAUGAAAUCCAGAAUGACUGUUCUGGUAACGCACGUUGAACAUGUAGAAAGAAAUGUCACCCACAUUCAAAAAGAUCUGAAUAAAAUACAGCAGCAAGUUGUCUGUGGCGAAGCCAAGGGUGAAAAAUUAAGCAGUCAGACGGAUGCAAUGGAAAAACGUCUAAAUUCCGCACUAGAGGAGAUGCAUGCAAUGUGUGAAAAUGCAAAACAGGCACUGCAAGAGGCUCGGGAUACAAAAAACGAGUACUACAAUUUGAAAGAAGAAUUCAGAGAACUGUUACUAAAGAUCAGAAAUGAUGAAAAUAAAGCUAUAAUGGAACUAUUAGAAACUAUAUAAAACUUUAUAAUCUAUUUUUCUCUUGUAUAUAAAAAUUGUUUUAUGAGAAUAAAGUAUAUAAUACAAUAGUUUAUAAAAUUUUAA